AGGAAAGCGGGGUGUGAAGAGAAGCAGCACACACAAAGUGUCCUUCAACAAGGUGCUCUUCCUUCCUCUCCAAGGUGAGAGAAAAUGGCUGCAGGUGUGAUCCCCGAGUCAGCGAGGGUGGAGCUUGAGUCACUGGACUCCAGCAUUUCUGCUUGUUUAUCUGCGAUGUCCAUGGGGCCAGAGACAGUACAUCGAGGGCCCAUUCGCGUCAACUUCCAGAUCGGCCUCUUCAUUGAGGGUGUCAUGGUGCCUGAGGGCCAGCUAAGCUUCAGAAGUGCAAAGAAACUGGCAUCUGAGAUCAUUGUGAAGCAGGUUCCUGACUGGAGUGUGGUAGGUCUUGGUGAGAAGCUGCUUCUCUUUAGGCAUGAUCCCAGCUCUGAUCAGCUCCUCCAGAGGCUCACAGAGAAGCACACUCUGCACGACGGAGACCUGGUGGAGGUGGUUCUCGCGGCUUCUGCCUCAUUAACUGAGGUUAAGUUCCGCCCCCAUUCCUUGGUGGUCCAAUCAUAUCGAACACCAACGUUUUGUCACCAAUGUGGAGAGAUGUUGUGGGGACUCGUACGACAGGGAUUAAAAUGUGAAGGUUGUGGUCUAGAUUUUCACAAGCGCUGUGCACUGACGUUGUCCGACGACUGCACGCGUGUGUACAGGCCGUGUGGACCCAGCCUGUCCCUGUUCCCCCCUGCUCGCCCGCGAGCCCCAUCCCUCAGCAGCCACACCGGGGGCAGUCUGGAGGAGAUCAGUAUGUCGAAGCCAUCGAGGUCUCGCCCCCAGUCCUGGGCAGACAGGCCUGUGUGGUUGGGGCUAAGUGAGGUGGGCAGAGGUGGCAGGCCCCUGGUGCCUCACACGUUCCACAUCCACACCUACACCAAGCCCACCGCCUGCCAGUACUGCCAUCGGCUGCUCAAGGGCCUGUUCCGCCAGGGCCUGCAGUGCUCCGACUGCAAAUUUAACUGUCAUCGACGCUGUGAGUCUCAGGUUCCACCUGACUGCAGAGGAGAGAAAGCCAAUGGAGAAGACUGCGGUGUGCCUCAGGGCUUAGAAUCUGAGGAGGACAUGGCCGUAGAAACUGUCAACGCUAUUUACGAAGAGUAUCACUUUAAAGGUUCCGCUCGGCCGGUAGAGACACCUGCGGCGCUGUCACCGAUAGGUCCGUGUUUUAGCAGUAAUAUUCCCCUUAUGAGAGUCGUCCAGUCAGUCAAGCACAACAAGAGAAGAUGCAGUGGGGUGCUGAAGAAUGGCUGGCUGCUGCACCAUACCGAUGUAGAUACACUGAGAAAGAAGCACUAUUGGAUUCUAGAUGGGAAAACCAUCACUAUGUACCAGAACGAGAGCAGCAGCAAGUACUACAAGGAACUGCUUCUGUCUGAAGUAUUGCUGGUUCGAGGGCCAGACCAGAUGACUCUUUCACAGUUGCCAGGCGACGAUAGUCACUCAUUUGAGCUGGUGACAAGCUCUCUGGUCUACUGUGUGUUUGCAGACAAGGAGGGUGCAGCAUGGGAGUCUGCCAUCAGACAGGCCCUUAUGCCCCUGCCGGGCAGAGGCCACACCAGGGGAGAGUCAUCAGACAACAGAAGCAUUAGUGAAGAAACUCAGGAUAUUAGUGCGCUGUAUCAGAUUUUCUCAGACGAGGUGCUGGGCUCCGGCCAGUUUGGGGUGGUGUACGGAGGCACACACAGGCACACAGGCCGCUUAGUGGCUGUUAAGGUCAUCGAUAAGACUCGCUUCCCUACCACACACCAGAGACAGAGCAGAAACGAGGCGGCCAUACUGCAGAAUCUGUCCCAUCCUGGCAUCAUUGUACUCGAGGGCAUGUUUGAGACAGCUGAGUGCACCUUUGUCGUCAUGGAGAAGCUCCACAGCGACAUGUUGGAGAUGAUCCUAUCCAAUGAGAAUGGUCGACUGCCUGAACGCAUCACACGCUUCCUGGUUAUGCAGAUCCUGGAGGCCCUACGGUACCUGCACAUGAAGCACAUCGCCCACUGUGACCUCAAGCCUGAGAAUGUGCUACUCGCCUUACCAGACCCUUUCCCUCAGGUGAAACUCUGUGACUUUGGUUUCGCCCGCAUCAUUGGUGAGAAGUCCUUCCGCCGCUCUGUGGUGGGCACACCGGCGUACCUGGCCCCUGAGGUCAUCAGUAGCCAUGGCUACAACCGUUCACUGGACAUGUGGGCGGUGGGCGUGAUCCUGUACGUGAGCCUGAGUGGGACAUUCCCCUUCAAUGAGGAUGAGGAUAUCAACCAGCAGAUCACCAACGCUGCCUUCAUGUACCCUCGGCAGCCCUGGUCACUCAUUUCUCUGGAGGCGGUGAGCCUGAUUAAUAACCUGCUGCAAGUCGUUGUGCGACGCAGGUUCAGUGUUGGUAAAGCUAUGGGACACCCCUGGCUCCAGAACUUCCAGCUGUGGUGUGACCUGAAGCUGUUUGAACAGCGGAUGGGCCACCGGUACCUCACCCAUGAGUCUGAUGAUGAACACUGGAGACAACAUGCUCAGGAGAAGGGGAUCUCUUUGCCCUCCCACAUGACAGUAGUGCCCUCUGCAGAGCAGGGCCUGUAACUCACCAUAAAUUUAAAAUGAAAGAAUGUAUAGCUUUGAUGUUAAUGUAGGGCUGUAAAUAAAAUAUCGGCGCCUUGUUCUAUUGUAUAUGAAUAUUUUGAACACUUGAUUGUUGUUUCAAUAAAUAAAUCCAAUGAUGUAUUUGA